AUGAUCCAAGGCGACAGCGACUACGCACGAAGUAACGCGCUGACAUCUAAACCUGGACUUACAUUGGAAGAAUCGCAGGAAGGGUUCGAUAAAUGGGCCACAACAUACGACCAGGAAUGUGUAGACGCGGGCUACAGUUCACAUCUGUUGACGACAAAGUAUUUGUGUGACGUCAUUCCUCAGGAUGCUCGUGCCACUAGCCGAGUGCUAGAUAUCGGGGCAGGAAGCGGAUUAGUGGCAACAAAGGCACGCCAUGCUGAGACGGGGUCGAGGAUUUAUUCCACCAACAACUGUGUGCCCUCAGUCGUUAUUCACGAACUGAACAGGGUCGUAAAACAGGACACGUACGAUGCUGUGACGGGGUCGGGAAUAUAUGCCGCCAACAAUUAUGUGCCCUGUGACGCUAUACACGAAAUGAUCAGGGUCGUUAAACCGGGCGGCUAUAUCGUGUUGGUUGCUCGGAACAUGCUGUUUGGUCCCGGACAGCCGUACGAACACCUGGAGCCGCUCAUGGGACGUCUGGAGAGGGACAGGAAGUGGAAACAGGUCCAUCGUGACAUCCUGCCGUCGGCGUACUUCACCAAACUGAACAUUGAUGCUAUUGUCUGGGUAUACAAGAAGCUCUGA